UAAUUCCCAAAUAAAUAAAACGGCCCAUCGAGCCGCGGUGAGCAGCGAGGGCGAGAGACGGCGAGCGCCACCACCGCCGCCACCACCACCACCACCAAAAAAGCAGCGCGGCGCGCCCCCAAAACCCUAAUCCGCGCGCCCAGAUCUAGGGCUCCCCUCCCCCGCGCGAUGGCGGAGGCGAAGGCGACGAGGCGGCGGGCGGAGGAGGCGGCGGCCGAGGAGGAGGCGAUGGAGGCCGGGGCGGAGACGGAGGGGGACAGCAGCGACUACACGUCGGAGGACGAGGGCACGGAGGACUACCGCCGGGGAGGAUACCACGCCGUCCGCGUCGGGGACUCCUUCAAGCAGGGCGCCUACGUCGUGCAGUCCAAGCUCGGAUGGGGGCACUUCUCCACGGUCUGGCUCGCCUGGGAUACCAACCACUCCAGGUAUGUGGCGCUGAAGGUGCAGAAGAGUGCGCAGCACUACACAGAGGCGGCCAUGGAUGAGAUCAAGAUCUUGAAGCAGAUUGCCGAUGGUGAUCCUGAUGACUCCCGGUGUGUCGUUAAGCUUCUUGACCAUUUCAAGCACUCGGGCCCUAAUGGGAACCAUGUGUGCAUGGUAUUUGAGUUUCUUGGCGAUAACUUGCUGACCCUAAUAAAGUACACGGACUACCAUGGAAUUCCACUUCCAAUGGUUAAGGAGAUAUGCCGACAUGUGCUCAUUGGCCUUGACUACCUCCACCGCACGCUUUCAAUUAUUCACACUGACCUUAAGCCUGAGAAUAUAUUGCUUGUAUCCACUAUUGAUCCCUCAAAAGACCCCCGGAAAUCAGGUGUGCCGCUGGUGGCACCUUCUGCUAAAACUGAUGAUCCACCUCCAAAGGCACCUGCAUCAUCAGUGAAUGGUGGCCUCACCCGGAACCAAAAGAAGAAGAUUCGGAGGAAAGCCAAGCGUGCAGCCGCUGCAACUUCAGAAGGAAGUGGGGCUGUUGCAUCUGGGGACACCGAUGGGUCAGAUGAUAGGGGAAAUUCGAGUACGGCAAAUGAGGGUAGUCCUAAUCAGGAUGGAGAGAAGAAAGAAGAAGCGGAAAGAAGUAGACGGGGUAGCAAAGGGAUCAGGAGAAAAAUGGCAAUGGAGGCUGACCUUAAGUGCAAACUGGUAGACUUUGGAAAUGCAUGUUGGACAUACAAGCAGUUUACAAGUGAUAUCCAAACAAGACAAUACAGAUGCCCUGAGGUGAUACUGGGAUCCAAGUAUUCUACAUCUGCCGACUUGUGGUCCUUUGCAUGCAUAUGCUUUGAGCUUGCCACAGGAGAUGUGCUAUUUGAUCCACACAGUGGUGACAGUUAUGACAGGGAUGAGCAGGAUCACCUUGCACUGAUGAUGGAGCUAUUAGGAAUGAUGCCUCGAAAGAUUGCCUUGGGUGGUCGAUAUUCACGUGAGUUCUUCAAUCGUUAUGGGGAUUUGAGGCACAUUCGGCGCUUGCGGUUCUGGCCUCUCAACAAGGUGCUGGUUGAGAAAUACGAGUUCAGUGACAGAGAUUCAAAUGACAUGGCAGAGUUUCUCGUUCCCAUACUUGAUUUUGUUCCUGAAAAGCGUCCUUCAGCUGCUCAACUGCUUCAGCAUCCAUGGCUUGAUGCUGGGCCGCUUCGCCGGCAGCCUAAAAGGCUACCAGACCUGACACAGAAUUCGGCAGAGGUAGAUGGCGUUUCAGAGAAACAGAGGAUUGAGAAUGAAGAGAGAGAUGCGAUGGCUGUGGAGUUGGGGAACAUUGCCAUAGACGGUGCUUCAUCCAAGACAUCUGAAGACCCCCAAGCAAGUACUAUGCAAAAUAAAACAAAUGUGACCUCUGCUAAGAAGAGCUCCGGCAAGGUCCGGCGGUUCGCGUUCGGGACGACGGCGAGGUACGCGCUGCACGCCGUCAACCGGAAGCUCGCUCCCGGUGACCCGGCGGCGCUGCACGUCGAGGCUGUGAAGGACGGCGAGGAGCCCGUCGGCUUCGGCCCCGCCGCGCCGCUCGCCGAGUUCGGCGACGGCUGGAAGCUGCAGACCAUCACCGAGCAGGACGCGCCGGGGUACUACCAAACGCCGGCGUUCGACGCGCAGAGACGAGAUGAAACGAAGCAGCCGGCGAAGAAUCCUCACAAGGAGACGAUGGCCGCCUACAUCACCAAGAUCGUGCUCGCGUUCGUCUUCAUCUUCUUGCUGGGCGGUCUGUUCACCUACCUGCUCGAGACGCUCCCGGACAAGUUCCAGCCUGCACCUGUACCUGAACCUUUGUAGAAUCGUUACUAACUCGCUGAUGAGAAUGCAGCACAAAUGUAUCGUUUAUUUUCAGUGAUUUUUGCCUCCUUGACAAGGAUAAAGUUUGCUGUUUUGAACCUCGUACGGCGGAUAGAUGCACAACUUCUCUUAUGUUGUUUCCGUGCAACGUCAGUCUGGAGUACUACGUAUUUUGUUUUCCCCUCGAUGUGAAAAAAAAUAUUGCUUUCUCCAAGAAUCUCCAGAGAGUUAUACAGAUUCCAAAUGCAAAACCACGGGACAGAAAGGUGCAGAUU